CAGCCGGUCGACGAACAUGGUCAGUUUAAGACUCGCGGUCUACCGUGAAACGUGAAUAUACGAAGCAAGCAAUAAGUCACUAUAAACGCGCACGCUCUUAUAAUAUUCAUGAUGCAACUAGCCUCUUCGUUUGUCCGUUAAAAAAGUGUUUUUCCCAAAAAAAUAAAUAUACUUUUAUUUGACAUAGCUUUUCUCUAAAUUCACCUUGACAUAUUAUAAUGUGAAAAUAAAUUAAGUGCUCGAUGAAAAACUCGGCAAUUCAUCAAAAAGAAAUCGAAAAAAAAAAUUGAUUAAUUAAUUAAUAAAUAAAUUUAAAAAACAACGUAAGUAAAUCCAAAAAAAAAACGACGAAAUUUAAAGAAAAAAAGUGUCGCAAGUAGUAUAGCUAAAAUUUGGUCAGACAAUAUCGCUAAAAAUAAAAAUAACCAUUUUUAUAAUUUUUUUUUUGAAAUAUAAAUAUAAUACAAUGAAAAUAAAACACUGAGGCUAUUUUAAAAAAAUUUAUUUUUCUAAUUAUAUCAAAAAAAGGACAAAAAAAAAAUUAAAUUUGAAAAUUGUCUAAUUAAUUGAGGAUUUAUGAGUUUAGAAAAAAAAGGAACGAUAAGUAUUAUCGUGUAGCUAUAAAGAGUAUCUUUAAAUGGAUCGUGACACUUAAACGUCAACUCACAGUCUAUAAGUGUUGUCAGUGCAUUCAACGUUGAUAUUAAUUAUUGGUAGAUUUGUGUAAAAGACAGAUUGUGUGUGACUCGAUGGUGUGCAAAUAAAUCGAAGGUUAUUUGUCGAAACGAAUAAUAAUUAUCUUGUAUAACAUGAUAUUAAUUUUUUAAAUAAAUAAAUUUAUAUAAUAAAUAUAAAUAAAUAUAAAGAGAAAGAAAAUUGAGCAAGAUAUAGAAAAAAUAUUAAUCGUCUUGGAAAAAAAAAAUUGCGUGGAUGUUAACACGUUGAAAAACUGAUAUGAAUUUAAUGAAUAAAUCGUAAAUUUAUCUACUGAAUAUUCAAUAAAAUUUAACGAUAAUAUAUUUUAAUUAUUUAUUGAAAAAAAAAAUAUAAUAAUAAAUUUAAAUUUGAUAAUAAUAAAUCAUGAUAUAUCAAUCAGCUCAUCAGGCAGCAACAAUGUCAUCAAUUAGAAAAACAUCACCAAGACCACAACAUCGUAAAUUUCAAACAACAGCAUCAAAAUCACAAAAUCAAUUGAUAACAAAAUAUAAAAAAGAUUGUGAUAAAACAGUUGAACGUUGUCGUGGACGUUGUCGAGUUGAAUGGAGUGAAAAACAUGUCAAAGAAGGCUUGGUACUUGUUCAAGAAGCACAACUUGCUCGUGUUGUUAAAAAUGGACCAAUCACUGAGCAUUAUGAAAUUGAUCCAAAACCAUUUGCCAGUGGACAAUGGGCAAGUGUUUAUAAAUGUCGAUCAAGAUUAUCUGGUACCAUGUACGCAGCAAAAUACUCAUCAAGAAAUCGUUUCAAUACUGAUUGCAGUGCUGAGCUACGUCAUGAAAUAGCAUUACUAUCAUUGUGUUCACAAUCACCAAGAGUUGUACGUCUUCAUGAUGUAUACGAAACACCAAAAGAAAUAAUUCUUGUCAUGGAAUUUGCACCUGGUGGUGAUUUACAAACCCUCAUUGAUGGUGACUUGGUGCCACUUGAGGGUGAUGUUGUGCACUUUGUUAAGCAGCUGGUCGAGGGACUUGCCUACCUCCAUGAAAGAAAUAUAGCCCAUUUGGAUAUCAAGCCACAGAAUCUUGUGAUGAUGGGAAGUUUUCCAGAAUGUGAAGUUAAAUUGUGUGACUUUGAAAUAUCAAGAGUUGUACUUGAAGGUACAGAGGUACGUGAAAUUCUUGGAACACCAGAUUACGUUGCACCAGAAAUUUUACACUAUGAGCCAAUAACAUUGGCUGCUGAUAUGUGGUCAUUAGGUGUAACAACAUAUGUACUAUUAACUGGUUUUUCACCAUUUGGUGGUGAAACUGAUCAAGAAACAUUUCAAAAUAUAUCUGUUGGUGAGGUGGAUUUUCCAGAAGAGCUAUUCGAAGAUAUAUCAGUUUCAGCAAAAGAUUUUGUUGCAAAACUUCUCGUGCUAGACCCAAGCGCACGGAUGUCUGCAAAACAAUGUCUUCGCCAUGACUGGUUACGUGAUGCUCCAACACAAGCAUCACCUCAUUUACGUAGAUAUUUAUCAAAAUCACGUGAAGUACUACUUGAACGUGUUGUUAGCCGUGAAAAUUUAAGACGUGCUGCAUUAAUAAGCCAAGCAACAAGUCAUGCAAAUUUAACUGAAAGUGAAUUACAAAAAAAUCCAAGACUCGUUACAAAUCUUAGUCAAAGUGAAAUGUGUCUCAAUCAAUCAUUAACAAGUAGUCAUGGAAGUUUAACAAAUAGCGAAUGUUAUAUGAGUCCAGCUGAUUCACAAACAAGUCUCAAUUCAUCACAAACAAGUUUAACAAUGAGUCAAGCAAGUCUUGGAACAAGUCAAAAUUAUUUAUUAAAUAAAGAACAAACACAAGGUUUAUUAAGCCAAGCACAAAGUCGUUCACAAGCAAAUUUAAAUCAUGUUAAUAGACGUGGUUUAUUAUCAAGAAUGAGAAGUUUAAAUCAAAUUCAAUCACAAGCAUGUUUAUUAAAUAAUGAUAAAAUUAUAUUACAAAAAGAACAAUUUAAUAAUUCAAUAUUUGGUAAUAGUAGAUCACAAGAAAAAUUAUAUGGUUUAAAAUGUUUAUCGAAAUCACAAGGUGUACUUGAUAUUUAUCGUAGUCUUGAAUCUUUAAAAAAAACUAAAAAAUUUAAAAAAAAAGAACAACAACGUCCAACAAAUAACCAAGAUUCAUUGCCAGUUAUUAAAAAUUUAGAAAAUGAAAUUAAAAAUGCAGUAACAAAAGACAAUGAUAAUAGUAAUGAACAUUGUGAAAUUGUUAAUGAUGUAAAAAGCGAUAAAUCAAAUGAGCUUGAUGAUAAUGUUAAUAAAGAAGUUGAUGAAGAAAAUCGUGAAUUUGUUAGUGAAGAAAAUUUUGAUAGUUUGCAAUCAGUUGAAUCUGAUACAUUAACUGAAGAUUCAGAUGUAACAUCAAUUGAUGCAACAAGAUUAACAGUUAAACAACCAUCAAAACGUCAAAAUUCUGAUAUAUCAUCACACUCAAAUAAUUCUGGUAAUUCAGAUGAUAAAGAUGAACAUUAUGAGUCAGAAAAUGAUGAACCAAAAUAUUCAGUAUCACAACUUGUAUCAGCAUUUAAUAAACAUCAAGAAGUUGCAUCAAAAACAAGUCUUGAAGCAAUUAUGACUGAAAAAUGUAUUAAUGAAGUUACAUUUCCAACUGGACCAAAAGCACUUAGAUUAUUUAUACCAGAUAUUAAUAUUACUGAACGUGUUAUUGUUAAAAGAAAAACAAGUUAUAAACCACGUAAAAAUUGGGAAGAAUUACGUAAACGUAAUGAAAAAAAUGAGGGAGUUUUAAAAGAUUUCGAUAAUGAUUCUGGUAAUGAGGAUGAUGAAGAUACUGUAAAUCCUGGUGAAAAAAUUGAUAAUGAAAAUAGCACAAAUGAUGAUUUAAAAUGGACACAAGAUGCUAAUGACAUGUCAAUUAAAAUUGAAGAUAAAAGUUUAGAUAAUAGAGACACAACAAUUGAUGAAAAAUACAAACAAUGUGUUGAUGUUGCAAAAAAAGAAAUAAUAAGUAAUGAAACAACAAUAAAUUCAGUUGUUAAACCGACAAUAAUCAUUGAUAAAACAAUGACUAAAACAAUUGUUAAUAAAACAAAUCAACGUUCAUCAUAUCAAAAAGAAAGACUACCAAAUUAUAUUCACUCAGAUGUAAUAACAUCGAAAAAUAAUGACAAUAAAAAUGUAGCAAAAUUAACAAAGACAACAAAAUUAAGUAAAGUUAAAAAACCAAUUGAUAAACGAAGUGAUAGUGCAGUUAAUUUAAAAGAUAUACUUCAAAAAACAGACAACAGUCAUUCAACACAAAAAGAAAAUAUGGAAAAAUUACGUAAACGUACAUCAAUUGCUAAAAUAAUAUUAAAUGAUAAUUUAUCAGUUGAUAGUGAUUCAAAUAAUAAUAUAAAUAAAACAAAAAAUGAUAAAUCAAUUAAUAAUAAUGAUGGUUCAAAUCAAACAGAUGUUAAAAAUACAAAAAUAAAUAAUACACGUAAAUUAUCAAAUAAUGAUUCAUCAACAAGUAAAAUUGAGACAUCAAAAACAAGUGUAUCAUCACAACAUGAUGGUAAAAAAAUACCAAUGAGUGCUGAAGAAAGAAGAAUGUGGGGAAAAGUAUGUACUGGUUCAUACACAAGAGCAAUGGAAAAAUUUAAUAGUAAACCAAAUUCACCAAGAAAAUCAUUAAAUUUAUUAUCACCAAUUCAAAAUGAAAAAAUACGAAGAAAAAGUUCACCAGCAAUGCCACCAAAUAGUGCAUCAUAAAUAUUAAAAAAAAACAAAAAAAGCAAAAAAAAAAGGAUCUAUCAAA